AGCCCUUGCCCUAAAAUUUUUUCCUUCUACUUAUACCCCAGGCUUUCUCGCCGCCUUUUUCCCUUUCCGUCCUAUCCCAGGCUAGGCUCGGCCUUUUAAUCCUUCUUCCUUAUUUUCCCUUAUUAUACCCUAAUAUUGUCCCUUCUCUUCACGACCGUCACACGACAAAGAUGACAGAAUACGACUACUCCCCUGAAGGGGCAGCACGACACCAACAAAAAAUGGAUGUAAUUUGCAGAUGGACUCAUGAAACCGGGCGAUACAGACCUGCUGACCCAUUUGCACCGACUACCCCUGCCAUGCACGUUAGGGCUAUCCAGGAUGUUAGGGAAGGGGAAAGAGAUGCGUGGAAGGGCGAAAGAGGACAUGGGCGCAAGAAACAUCGGUCGAGGUCGAUGGGGGAGCGGGAGUCGAGACCGACUCACUCGAGGUCGCAAUCCUAUGUACAGGCGCCGCCAGUCAUACCGGGGUCUAUACCUCAGUUGCACGGACAGUCAUCUGCUGCUUAUCACGGCCACCGGUCGCAGCCCAAGCGAUCUACGACCAUGCCCUUACCGCCUCCAGUACCACCAGUACCCACGAGAAGCCCACCUGUGCGAUCGCAUACGACUCACUCCAACCAAAGCUACAACGUUUACUACCCACCCCAAAUGGCUCGGCCAGGAGAACCUCUGAUGAUGCCGCAAGGUGCGGUCACCUUCUUACCGAGACCCCAAUACAUUCAAUCGCCUUUACCGUCGCCGGGAUACUCCCCGCGGCGCGAAUCAAAAUCGUGGCUAUCAAAACUCGGGAGCAUCUUCUCAUCUCGAAGCCCGAGUCCCCCUUCCGUUGUUUACGUUCAAAACUACGAGUCACCCUCACCGAAGCCCACGAGGUCCAAGUCGUCGAAAUCAAAGGGAAAACGACGACAUUCCGAGCGGAGACGUAGCGAAAGGAGGUAUAGUUACUAGGCGUAUUAGUGAUUGCCCUGUUCGAUUUUCGAUUUUUCUUUUCCUACUUUCCACUGCUUCGUCUCGCGAUACCCCUUUCUCUUCCUUUCGCCUUCAGACUCUCCUCCUCCUUACGUUCCAUUUAAUUCUUCCCUCUACCUUCUUCCGCCCCUCGUGUUUCUUUAAUUCAUCAUACGUACUUAGAUGACCGUUAUCCUCGUUGCGCGUAGAAUCUUGUAUUACUUAGCUUUUCCUUAUUUCGAUGACUGGAUGGAUUACUUGAUACGUACAUUAACUCAUUUUUACGACCCUACGAUGAUGGCCCGAUUAUAGUUCGACGAUUCAUGAAGUUUCAAGUCUAACCUCCGUAAUGGUAUUGGACUUACGAC